AAAUGGGUUUCGAUGUUCUCGGUCGUUUUCUCAUUCCUCCGAGCCCCUUUUGAUUGAUUUCAUCAGCCCGACCCUCUCUAGAAAAGCCAUGGGAAUAGUGAAACGCAAGAAUGAAAAAAGCGUAUUUGAUGGGACAGAUUCAGCAAAAAACGUCAAAUCUGGAUGCCAGUUUUUAGAGAAUGCAGCACCCCAAAAUCAGCAGUACACUGAGCUUCUUCAAAGGGCACUCAACCCUCGACAUGCAGGGGAAAAAUCUUCAUUGCCAGCCGCCCCUGCCGCCGUGAAUGAGCGGCUCCAGCCACCCGAAAAUCUGCCCAAACUUCAGCACCAGCUCAUCCCGCAGCCACAGCAGUUUGUCCUUUCAUCACAACCCUUUUGGGUACAACCGCAGCCGAGCAUUUCCCUUGGAGCAACUGAAGGUAGCUGGCAAACUCCGGCGGCGUUUGGCGCUGGAGCCUCGCCGAGAUGUCAACCCCAAGCUCCUAAUUUCUGUUACCCUGUUGGUUAUCCAACAUACCCUGGGUUUCAAGGUUCCUGGGAUGCUUCAAUUUGGUGGGGUCAAACACCACCAUUACUGUUCCCUGGAUUGUCCAAUUAUCCAAGAGCAUCGUAUGGUCUUGCCUCUUCUCAAUCUUGCCCGAUGCCGAUUCCUAAUUGUGUAACAUCUUCCUCUGGACAACCCCUUUUAAGAGGUGUCAUCAAGCCCCCCGAAAGGCUUUCUCAGAAGCAUCAAAGACUUUGGGAAGCUCAGUCAGCAGAAAAUGUUCAAUUGUGGAGUAUGAUAGGACAGUUGCAAGGGGAAUUAGCGGACUGCAAGGGCCGCUUGAUUAAGCUUGAAGCUGAAAUUUCACCUUUAAGAUCAGUAGCUACCAAUGAGCCUGCUGUGGAAGUUGGAAAUGGUGGCAUUACAGUGAGGGGACAGCCCUCAAAGCGAGGAAGGUCGAAACGAGCAAUAGCCCCUGUAGGUUCACAAUCCCGGACGCGAGCACGAAAGCCAGCAGUAGGAGGGACAAAAGUAGGAGAAGUAAAACCAACUCUUCUUGGAAAAGAUAGCUUGAAUAAGGUGGAUGAUACGCAUAAGAAUUUUACUCCCCUUGACAUCACAGAGCAAGACAAGAAUGAAGGCAUUUCAACUACCAUCGGGAUCAUGGAGAUUGAUGAGGGCACUCUCAAGAUGCCUAUCUCCUUUGGCAAUCAAGAUCUUCAGCAAUUCCCUGACAUUCAGUCAUGUGGAAUUGAAUUCAAGUCACCAUCAUCAUUGAAAUCCAAUUAUGAAGGAAUCAUCUGUGGAGACUCCAAACUAAAUGACUUGAGUAUAGCCUCCCCAACAAUCUACACCAAUGGAAAUGUUAGCAGACAAGGAAUAACUAGGUGGAACUUUGAAGAUGAGGUCGAAGCAGCCGAAUCAGGAUUCCCCGUAGUAGGAAACAAAAAGGAGAACAAAGAAAUGGCAGAUGAAUUCAGCUCAGGAGCUGAAGAGAUUGAAACACAAAAUGGCCCCUCCUGGUGUUGAAAGUAAGUUCUAAAUGAUCAAAUGCUCCUGUUCUACCUUCAAUAUCAGGUAGUUCUCAAAUGAAACUGGCACUGGAUAAUUCUUCUCCAUUUGGCAAGCUACUGCCACUUGAUGGAUACGGUUUGACCAAAGUUUUGUACAAGGGAAGAAUGCAUUCAGCUUGCUCAACAUGGUACGACUUUGACCCAAAUUUCUUAUACAGAAAAAUCGUGUAUAUUCAUACUUUGUCUGUGUUGACUUGUUAUUUCUUCUGAAUUAAUGACAAAGAUUCAAUUUAUUAC